AACCAGUGGAACCAGUCAGUUCACUCGUGCGAGGGAUUGUCUCUGUGUUCUGUCCUGAACGAGACGCUGCAGAGGAGACGGACGAGAGACGAGAGAGAAACAUCAUGGCUGUGAACAAGUGCAUCAAAUAUCUGCUCUUCUUCUUCAACCUCCUGUUCUGGCUGAGUGGUUGCAUCAUUCUGGGCGUGUCCAUCUACCUGAAAGUCAGCAAGGAUGGAAACACGAUCUCUAACACGGCGAUUCCUGGCGUCGACCUGAUGAUCGCCAUCGGCGUCAUCAUCAUGUUGCUCGGGUUCCUGGGCUGCUGUGGAGCCAUCAAGGAGAACCGCUGCAUGCUGCUGCUGUUCUUCAUCUCCCUCCUCCUCAUCUUCAUCCUCCUGCUGGCAGCAGGGAUCCUGGGAGCUAUUGGCGAGUCAAAGGUGAAGGAUGUGGUGUUGGAGGAGCUGAAGAAGUUAACUCCGCUCUCGGACCAACCACAGAAUGUGAGGGAUGAUGUGGAGACGAUGCAGCGGGAGCUGAAGUGUUGUGGCAUCGUGAAGGGACCGUCCGACUGGACCAAGAUUCCAGACUCGUGUCGCUGCAACAGCACAGAUCCAGACUGCAAGUCGGGCGCCGUCUUCCAGGAGACUUGUGGUGAUAAAAUCAUCAGUCUGCUGGAGCAGCACAUGAAGAUCGCCCUGGGAAUCGCUUUCGCCGUCGCUGUCCUGAUGAUCUUUGGAAUGGUCUUCGCGAUGGUUCUCUACUGUCAGAUCGGCCGGAAGAACAGCGGCGCCACCACCACGAACGCCUGAGGCCCCGCCCUCACUGCCUCGCAACGGCCAAUCAGCUGUGCCUAAAUGACCCGUGCAACAUCUACCUAACCUCAGUGCUUCUGUAAUUUCUCCUGCGGUUUUAUUGUGAAGGAAUAUUUGAGUUGUAAGCUAAUACGUCAUUAUCUUAGAUUUAUUGAUCAUGAUUAUGAAAUAAAUUAUUGAAACGGUUCCUGGAGAAGAAACAGGGCAUGAAUUAUUGAUCCAGUGAAUCAGACGAUCUGAAGCUGCCUCAUGAUUUUACAGAACUUUUCUCUUGUCCAAGUUAAAACUCAAACAGCAACAAUCAGCGUUUCACUCACGAGGCCUCAAAGAACAAAUCCCUGGGAAAAGUUAAAAAUCAAAACCUAAAAUCUUCAUGUUGCUUUAGGCUUAUUAAGUAUGGAAGCCCAUUACUGCCAUAAAGAAAUUAAAGAAGGUUUUGCAUUUAAUGCCAUAUAAUAAUUCAGUUCCUCAGAGGUUAUUCCAUUUUUUUCUACAUGCAUUGUGUCCAUUAAAUUGACCUUCAAAUGGUAUUUGUGUUAUAACUGGCUUAAAUGUUGUCAUAAUUUGACAUAUUGCAAUCACUUAUAUUUUUGGAUAUAUAUAGUUUUUUUUCUAGUUAUAGAACUGUAUAAAAUCCAUUCCUUCGCAAAAAUAUAAAUGACAAAAAAAAAGAAGGUAAUUGUCACUUGUGUGUAUCAUAAAGACUUUUAUUUGUGCAUUGUGACCCUUUGGUGUAUGAAAAUAGGUUCAUUUAUAUGUAUUAUGAUUAAAGAAAGUUACAUUUGUUCUGAUACUUAAAGUCGGGUUCUGCUGCUGUAAAAUAAUUUCUAAUCAUAUAAAAUAAUUCCUUUGAAAACAAUAUUACCAUCAGAAAACAAUAAACCUUGAAUUUCACAUUUGUUAUCUGUUACAGAAUAUUACAUCUUGUCAAUGUUUUGUUAUAAAAGUUAUUGAGCGGUGGUUAAAUGUUGUGAAGCCAAACUUGAUCUAUUUGGUCUUUUUUCCUUUGAAUUUUGAAUCUUAAAAACACAUGAAUUAAUCCUCCAGUGUUUCCUGAGGAGCUGUGAGGACGUCACACUGACCCCAGACCAGCCGUUGAAUGUCGUUGACCUGCUGUGAUGAAACAGACGAUGCUGUUUGUCUGUGAUCUUGUCAAAAUGAACCCGUCGUGUUCCUGCUGCCGAUACUGAUGUUUAUCACUGUUCCAGAUGUUUAAAGACAAUAAAUGACGAAGGGAA